CCGAACGGUAAGUGGGUGUGCAGGUGCUUGCUCGAAUCCGAACGGCAACCUCAAAACCUCCUCCACAACCACAACCACAACCAUAGACCACAUACGACCCAGACACACGACACUCCGACAGGACCAAUACAGAAAUCGAACCGCACACACCGCACAGCAACCAUGUCUCUCUCCAGAACCGCCUUCCGCGCCGCCACCCAGCUGACCCGCCAGCCCACCGCGGCGUCCCAGCUGCUCCCUCGCGCGUUCACCCAGACACGCACGGCGGCGACCACCUCCUCCACGACCGCCACUGAAGCGCACUCCCUUUUGGUGCAGCAGCGGCUGCUGCGGCCCAUCGCGCCCCACUUGUCAAUCUACCAGCCGCAGCUGACAUGGUACAUGUCGAGCGCAAAUCGUAUCUCGGGCGUGAUGUUGGCCGGGACCGUGUACCUCUUCGGGAUCGGGUAUGCCGUCUCGCCGUGGGUCGGAGGGCACAUGGAGAGUGCGUCGAUGGUCGCCACCAUGGCCGCGCUGCCCCUCGCCGUCAAGCUCGCGAUCAAGGGAACUCUCGCGGCGCCGUUCGCCUUCCAUGCGUUCAAUGGUGUUAGACAUCUCACUUGGGACACCGCGAGGGAGCUCAGCCUGAAGGGUGUUUACAGGACUGGCUACGCCGUGCUGGCGGUCAGCGCGGUUAGCACUGUGUACCUUACUUUCUUUGCGUAAGCGUGUAGGUGGGGGAGGGGGGGUCGGUGUAAGAUGGGAGGGGAUACCUAUGCGGGGGAUUUCGUCGUUUUCAAUGCAUGUUCAUGUUUGUUGGAAUAAAACAGGAAUGGAAAGUUCAGAUGGGGGGUUUUGAUCAACCUACGUAAUCUGCUAGUCUGUGCUUAAGAUUUGAGGAACCCAAUUCGUCAG